CACAUCAACAGGCUCAGUCAGAAUCAGACGACAACACAAGCCUCAGGUAAACAGUGCCCGGCUCGCGGGGAACACUGCAGCACGAGAACAGGCGUGAAAGUGAACACAGUUGCUCAAGUCCGGUGAUGUGCUGUGUAGAGUGACAUGGUGGUGUCCUGUACGCCCCUGCCAGCACGUGUCAGUGCUCCCUGGCUCUUCAAGACACAGGGGCGCCACGUGAGGUGAUCCCUGGCCAGUGGCCACACCGCCCCUAAGCACAGCUAGGGGCGCCGUCUGUCGGGUCAGCAAUCACCGCUUAAGCAGAUAGUGCUUGAGUGAAAGCAAGAGACAAGACACAAUGUCUCCAGCACUGCUGCACGCCCUGGCCCGGCCGCUGAGCCUCAGUGUGCGGGGAUUGCACCGGGCAACACAGCUGGCACUCAGGCACACCACCACCACAAGGAGGAAGUGCUUGCAUAACAGAACAGCAUUGUGUGAGGCUAGGGCUGUCCGGUACUGCUCAGGCCACACAACACAUGGGCCAGAUUCCUUCAUCACAGCACCGGAGGAGGAUGAGAUAGAGAAGCACCUUAUGGCCCCUGACUCCCUCUCCAAGGCACAUCAGACUGACCUUUCCAGCUUAGCCACCUCUGAAGAAUUCCUGUUACCCAGCCAACAAAGACGGAAAGAGAGUAACCUGCUGGUGGUGAAGAUCAAGGAGUGCGAGAGUGUUGCUGCUGCCUUUGAAGUAUAUGAAAGGCACAAUGAUGUCAUGGAGACCAAGCACUGUUUGGCACUCUUGGAAAAGCUUGGGGUCCUUGCAAAGAAUAGCGAGGAUUCCAGUGCACAGACACAACAGAGUGAGGGAUUCAGUGCUCUGUGUGACCAGCUGUACUCUCAGUGUCGCCGAAUGGAGGUGGACGACUGGCUGAAUCUCCUGAAGUACCUGUGUCUUCUAAGGGUUCCUGCCACCUCUAAGCUCUGCCAAGUUGCUCUUCAGAUGUUGAAGCACCAGAUUAAUGACUUGACCCUGAAGCAACUGAUCUUCCUGGACUUUCUACUGAAGAAGAUGGAACGCACCCCACUCUCAGAGGCACUGCUCACUGCCACUCCUAUCCUUCUCAGCAACAUCCUGCCCUCAGCAUUCCUCAACGAGCUCUCCUUCUCCUACUUGUCCCUGGCAUUCACCAUCUGCUGCCAGGGGAAGGUGAAGGGCCUGGGCAUCCUUCUGCAGGAGAUGUACAAGCGAGGCAGCGUACGGGACACAAUCUUAGCCAUGAGUCUUGUUUGGAGCCUGACUCGUGUGUCCUCGCCGCAGCUGCAGAGGAGACUGUUGACGCAGGAGGAGCAGCUGACCAGGGAGGUGAUCAUGAAGGAGUGCUUGGAGACUCUGGCCAGGGAUACAGACUCACUCUCUUCCCAUCAGAUGGAGUCGACCCUGACCAAGCUGAGUAUGGGCCAUGAUUUUGGGGACAGGAGCUGCUAUAAUGAGAGGUUCCUGAACGCUGCGGCUUCCUUUGUGUGCCGUCACUCUCUCCCCUUUGAGAAGACAGCACACACCAUCACCAAAAUGUCUAAAAUGAAUUACAUCUCAGAGGAACUAGUGCAGUAUGCCGUGAAGCUCAUGAUUUCACAGCCAGAGGACAUAUCACAGGCCAAGGUGGGGAUGGUGUCACUGCUCUCAGCCGUCACCGUCACGCCGCUGCCCCCUGAAGAACUCAAGGCUGUGCUGGAUGUUAUGAUGACACACAAAUCCCUCCAAAUGAACUCUGAAUACUACAAGAAACCACUACUGCAGGUGGCUGUAGAACUCCUGAGUGUUGAGUACUACCACCCCCAGCUGAUGCAGAUCCUCACCUCCCCAGACACUCUUAGCCUGUUCAUGUCGAAGUACCACAAGGAGAACAUCAAUCACAGCCGGCUGGUGGAUGUGGACCAGGCCCUUGGGAGGCUGGUGUCGUCCCCACAUAGGGUCCCCGAGACCUUCCUGGAGCCCGGCAGGAGGUUGAGGGCCAGCCAGCAGCCCACCAGGUCCUUCCUCAAAGCCAUGCUCCACCAGAUCCUGCCAGAUCCAAGCUACCUCAUGUCUGGACUGCUGAGUGGUGGGGGAAUAUUCAUAGACCACCUUUUAGUGUUGGAUCCAGAGGGAGAACCCAUCAAGCUGACCAGUGCCAAGGACCCAAUCAAUAAGAACCAGUUCAUCUCCUCCCUGGACCUGCCUGUCAGUGCCACCAAAAUCGCCAUCAUGGACAUCGGGUCACGGGGAGCGUACAGGCCGGCUGGAGUGUUGAAGGCCCCACAGAGACUAAGACAGAGGUUGCUAGAGGCGGAGGGCUUCAGAGUGCUGCCUUUGCUACAGCUGGUCAUCUUUCAUCACCAUGAGGAGGAGAAAAUUCUAUAUGUGAAGAGAGAAUUAAUGGAUGCUGGUCUCUCUCUCAGCUAUGAAGUGGAGGAGAGAUAAGAGAUAAGAGAUUUUUUUUUUUUCCAUCUUCUUUUGUUUAUCAGGUUUUAUCUUAUUUUUAUUUAUAUGUAUUUAUUUAUUUAUUUUUUAUAUUCAUUUAUUUAUUCAUUUUUUUGUUUUUGUUUUUCUGGUUCCUCUUGUGAGAUAAGACUCUUGUUUUUUUGUUUAUUUGUAUUGUUUGUUUUAUCUAUUUUUGUUUUCGUCAUUUUUUAGUUUUUUCUAUCAUUUCUUUGUGUCGUUAUUCAUUCAUUCAUUGUUUUCUUUUUUCUCGUGCUAU